GCUCUUUUCCACAGUUCUCAAGAUGACAUCAACCGUCCGCCACCGUCUGCCACCCUCUCAUCCUUCCGACUCCGACUCUUCCGACUCGGACUCCACUUCAACAACACCAAAAACCCUCAACCACACCGAUUUUUCCAACACAAUCUUCAGAUCCUACAUCGAGAUCUCCGGUCUUGAAUCCGCGGACCUCACCAAAAUCCGAUCUUUCUUGACAUCAUCACGCUCCGGCGCCCUAUCAUGUCUCAUCUGCCUCGAACGCAUUCGUCCCACAGAUCCCACUUGGUCCUGCUCCUCUCGUUGCUUCGCCGUCUUUCACCUCCUCUGCAUCCAGUCAUGGGCCCGCCAGUCCUCCGAUCUAUCGUCACUACGCGCCGCCGCUCGUGGCGCAGAUGAUCGCAAUUCGACUUGGAACUGCCCUAAAUGCCGUAUCGAGUUCCCCAAAACCCUGAUCCCGAAGACAUACACUUGCUUCUGCGGUAAAAUCGAAAAUCCGCCUCACGAUCCUUGGAUUUUACCUCAUUCUUGCGGAGAAGUCUGUAAUCGAUCGUUGAAAUACGACUGUGGACACAAAUGUUUGCUUCUAUGCCACCCAGGACCCUGUCCCUCCUGCCCUAAGCUCGUUAAAACCCGUUGCUUUUGCGGAGGUGUUGAAGAUACCAAACGCUGCGGGUUUAAGGACUUUUCCUGUAACAAAACUUGCUCAAAGCUAUUAGAUUGUAAAACACAUUGCUGUCCAGAAACAUGUCAUCCCGGCGAAUGUCCGCCUUGUAAAGCUACAGGAGUCUAUAACUGUCAUUGCGGUAAGGUAACAGAGAAAAAAGAGUGUUUUCAGAGGGAUUUCAGGUGUGAAACUCCAUGUGAGAAGCUUCUUGGAUGUGGGAAACAUGUAUGUAGCAAAGGGUGUCACGAAGGUGAAUGUGGUGAUUGCCCUUUGCAGGGGAAACGAACUUGCCCAUGUGGCAAACGGAUUUAUGAGGGAAUGGCUUGUGAUGUUGUGGUGCCAUCGUGUGGUGGGACAUGUGACAAAAAGCUGAUGUGUCGAAUCCAUAGUUGUCCUGAGAGAUGUCACCGUGGGCUUUGUGUUGAAUCUUGUAGGAUUGUUGUCAUGAAGUCUUGUAAAUGUGGGAGCUUGAAGAAACAGGUUCCUUGUUAUCAAGAUGUAGUAUGUGAAAGGAAAUGUCAACGAGUGAGGGAUUGUGGACGCCAUGCAUGCAAGAGGAGAUGUUGUGAUGGUGAUUGUCCUCCUUGUUCAGAGAUAUGUGACAAGAAGCUAAGAUGCAAGAAUCACAAAUGCCCAUCUCCUUGCCAUAGAGGUGCUUGUGCUCCAUGUCCAGUAAUGGUGACUAUUUCAUGUUUCUGUGGUGAGACACACUUUGAGGUUCCUUGUGGUACAGAAAAGGAGCAAAAACCUCCUAAAUGUUCCAAGCGAUGUCAUAUAACCCCUUUAUGCAGGCAUAAGUCAAUUACUAAGCCACAUAAGUGCCAUUAUGGAGCAUGCCCACCAUGUCGUCUGGUUUGUGAUGAAGAAUACCCUUGUGGCCAUAAAUGCAAACUAAGGUGCCAUGGUCCUAUACCUCCUCCUAACCCCGAGUUUACAUUGAAACCCAAGAAAAAGAAACAAAAGCUUCAAACUGAAACAACUCCUGGUUCUUCAUGCCCACCUUGUCCAGAACUUGUUUGGAGAUCAUGCCUUGGUGAACAUCUUGGAGCUGAGAAAAUGAUGGUGUGUUCAAACAAAUCAAAAUUUUCAUGUGAUAAUUAUUGCGGAAACCUUCUGCCAUGUGGCAAUCAUUUUUGCACAAAAACCUGCCACGCCCUUAAGAUUCCUGGAUCAGGAGGCGAGAAAUGUGAGGACUGCAAUCUACCUUGCCAACGGGAGAGGGAUCCUGUAUGUCCACAUCCCUGUCCCCGAAAAUGUCAUCCUGGAGAUUGUCCACCUUGCAAGGUGCUGAUAAAGAGAUCGUGUCAUUGUGGUGCUAUGGUUCAUGUUUUUGAGUGCUUGUAUUACAAUACCUUGUCUGAAAAGGAACAGACAGCUGUCCGUUCUUGUGGUGGACCCUGUCACAAAAAAUUACCUAACUGCACACAUUUGUGUCCAGAGACAUGUCAUAUUGGUCAUUGUCCAUCACCAGAAAAAUGCUCCAAAAAGGUUAUAGUAAGAUGCGGGUGUCAAAGUUUAAAAAAAGAGUGGCCAUGUCAUCAAGUACAAGCCACAUAUAUCAGUGAUGGGCGUGAUCCAAAAGAUAUAACCAAAAAUCAAUUUGGUGUUGGGCUUCUUCCAUGCAAUUCAGAAUGCAAGAGUAAAGUCAAAGUUGAUGAUUCUGACUUGCACCUCCGCAAACCUAAAGCUCCUGAGAAAAAGGAGACGGAUGUGGAGAAUCAUGUCCGGAAACGUAAAAGAAGGAAAGAGAAAUUACAACAAGACCAUCAACUUUCAAUGUUCCAGAAAGUUAUGGGGAUUUUUCGGAAGCUAUUGCUGUUAGUUAUGAUUGUGGUGAGUUUGAUUUUAAUGGCGUAUUUUGGUUACAAAGGGUUGUUAUGGGUGAAUGAUUGGAUGAAUGAAGUGGAAAUACAAAGACAGAGAAAAAGAUAUCCGAGAAUCUAAGGGUAGACUAGAUGAUACAAGGUUGACAGAUUGGAAAAGAUAGUGGACAACCCGUGAAAAUAAUAUUAUUUUGAUAUUAUAGAUUCUGUAGAAGGUUAUGCUGGAAUAAUUAAUCAUGAAAGAUGAAAGAUGCUCUAGAAGAUGUUUGAAAUUGGUUUUGUUAUUCUAGUUUCAUGUUGAACAUGUGUGGGAAG